UAGGCGUGUAAGAUAUUGGAUCGAAAGUUUAAGUCAGUAAUGUUUAUAAAUAGGAAGCUGUUCACAAACAUAAGUGUGUCAUGGUAUUGAUGGUGUAUGUUCGGUGAUGUAAAAUUAACCAGGCGUUUAUCAAAAAAUUAGCUGGAUUUACAGGAUUUAUCAUUUAUUCAGUAUUCGAAUUUAAAGACCAAACAAAUGGCGUCAAGUUGGCCAAUUGCAUUCUGGGAUGAAGCGUUCUGGUUUCCAGCAAACAGGAGCUGGGGAUGGAAAGAUCUUGUUAACAAGCCGGGAGCAAAUAUUUAUCUUCCAGACCUAAAAGACAUACAUUGGGCCCUUCUCCUGGGCGUGGUUCUUAUUGGUGUCCGAUAUUUAGUUGAAACAAUUUUUGUUGUGCCUGUUGCAAUUUGGCUGGGUGUACCGAACAGAAAGAAACCUCACGUUACACCCAAUAAAGAUUUAGAAACAGCAUAUAAAAGCAAGAAAUACAGCAAAAAUGAAAUCAAGAUUUUGUCGAAACAGAUAGAUAUGUCGGAGAAACAGGUUGAAGUUUGGUUCAGAAGGAGACGAAAAGUUGACGCACCAACACCAAUACAAAAGUUCAGGGAGUGCAGUUGGCACCUAUUAUUCUACACAGCAUUUUUCUUCUACGGCAUGACGUAUUUAUGGCAAAAAGAAUAUUUUUGGAGCACUAUUGAGUGUUGGAGAAAUUGGCCAAUACAGCAUGUUAGUAAUGACAUGUAUUGGCACUAUAUGAUAGAACUUGCUUUCUACUGGAGUCUUGUAUUUACUCUAUUCUCUGACCAUAAACGCAAGGACUUCAAGGAGAUGAUAAUACAUCAUUUUGCCACGAUUGUGUUGAUGUAUUUCUCGUGGGUUCUCAAUUUUGUUCGUGUAGGAACACUCGUCCUUGUUGUUCACGAUGCAGCAGAUACCUGGCUUGCUCUUGCCAAGAUGUCCAUUUAUGCCAAGAAUAAAGCAGCAACAGAUAUCUUCUUUGGUAUAUUCCUGUUGGUGUGGGUGUUGUCCAGACUUAUUAUAUAUCCAUUUUUUGUGUUGUAUUGUACUUUGGUUGAACCAUUCACCAUCAAGUUAAUAGAUUCAACAUUUGGGGCUCAUCAGUUCUUCAACUUCUUCCUGUGCGUUCUGCUGGUGCUACAUUUUAUAUGGACUUACCUAAUCUUCAGAAUCGUCUACAGAAAAAUGGUCAAAGGCAAUGUCGAAGAUGUCCGGAGUGACUCGGAGGAUUCCGGUGAAGAAUCAGACACCGAGGAUAUCGAGGAUGAAAAAGAAUGGAAUGGAAAUGACAACAUUAAAGUGAACGGAAAAAUCAUAAACGGGAAUGCAGCAAAGGCAUUGAAUUGCCAAAAUGGCAGGAGAGUAAAGAACGGAAAAUAGACAGUUCUUGUUGCUGGAUGUACAUGCAUAAAAGUGUGUUAUCAUGAAAGAGAAAAAUGACAAGAUGUUAAAAAUAUGAAUAUUGUUGCAUCAGCAUUGAGCUAUCGUAUCUGUUUAUGAGCACAUACCAGGAACCUGCAGGAGUUUUUUUGCAUGCAUUUUUCUUACCCUGCUUUUAUUUUGGACCAGUCCAUUAGAUUAAGGGAGUUAGAUAUUUAAAGUGCUAAAAAUUUAUUCGCCAACAGAAUUGAGUCGGGCAG